AACAUACAUCAAAUUCCAACUUGACUAAGAGUAGAAUUCAGCAAACACUAAAAUUACCAUAUAUAAUGCGUCGUGGUUGUGGUUUAAAUUUAAACCUCCUCCUCCUCCUCCUCCUCCUAUGGUACAACCCAAACACUUUGGAAGCCACGGCCACAGCCACGCCUUUCAGCCAAAUGCUAGCAUUGGUUCAACAAGAACCCGUGGUUCUCAAGUACCACAAGGGUCCCCUCUUAAAGGGUAACCUCACUCUCAACCUCCUUUGGUACGGUAACUUCACCCUCACACAACGCUCUAUUAUUCUCAACUUCAUUCAAUCCCUAACCGUCUCCUCCACCCAUCGCGGCCGCACUCAAUCACCCUCCGUUGCCUCAUGGUGGCAAACCACUGCUACCUACACAGGACGCCCAUGCACCCUCACCGUAGGGAAUCAAAUCCUCGAUCACACUUACUCCCUCGGCAAAUCCCUCAAAGCCAGCCAGCUCAUAGCCCUUGCUUCAACGAAAACAGAAAUAACCGCUGACGGUUAUAACAGAAUCCACGUGGUCCUAACUGCUGCUGACGUGGCAGUUGAGGAUUUCUGCAUGAACCAGUGCGGGACUCAUGGAUCCUUACGCGCCGGGAAAAAGCGCGUGGUUUACGCUUGGGUGGGCAACCCGGAGAGUCAAUGUCCAGGGGAGUGCGCGUGGCCCUUUCACCAGCCUCUAUACGGAACUCAGACUCCGCCGCUGGUUCCGCCGAACGGGGAUGUAGGAAUGGACGGAAUGGUGAUAAGCCUCGCGACGGUGUUGGCUGGGGCGGUGACAAACCCGUACGGAAAUGGUUACUACCAAGGAACGGCGAUGGCGCCACUGGAGGCGGUGUCAGCGUGUACAGGAAUGUUCGGGAAGGGAGCCUAUCCUGGUUACGCCGGUGAAGUUCCGGUAGACAAAAGAACGGGAGCUAGCUAUAACGCCGUUGGGAUGCGGGGGCGGAGGUUUUUGUUGCCGGCGAUGUGGGACCCUCUUACUUCCAGCUGCAAGACGCUCGUGUGAAUUGUGAUGGUUUUCUAUGUCACCAUGGUUAAUUCUUUAAUGCUACGAUCUGGGUGUUCAAAUGAGACAAAAAAAAUGACCUUUUCUUAUUUUUUAUUUUAAAAUUAGAGUAUUACUAUUUACACGGAGUUUCAGUUUAUAUGCAGGCAGAAUUUGGAAAUACUUGGAAAACGGAGAGAGUGUGUGUGUGUGUUUUUUUUGGGACACUAUGAAACCUAGGUACAUGAUAAAGAGUAUAUGUAGUAACCUCUUAAUUCGUGCA